GAAAAAGAAGAUAACCCAAUUAAACUGCCACUUUGAUAAACUCUUCGUCUUCUUCCGCUUUACGCUGAACUAGUGAAAAAAUGGCUUCUUUGAUAGUGGGGCAGCUUGUUUUUCCAUCAGAAAAUGGUUACAAAGUGUGGGAAGAUCAGUCUUUUUUUAAAUGGAGAAAAAGAGAUCCUCAUGUUAAUUUGCAUUGCCAUGAAUCUGUUGAAGGAUCUCUUAGAUACUGGUAUGAACGCAACAAAGUGGAUCUUUCAGUAUCCAACUCUGCAGUUUGGAAUGAUGAUGCUGUUCAGGAAGCACUUGACAGUGCUGCUUUUUGGGUCAAAGGCUUGCCUUUUGUCAAGUCUUUGUGUGGUUAUUGGAAAUUUUUCUUGGCUUCCAAUCCUAAUGCUGUUCCAAAGAAGUUUUAUGAAAGUGCAUUUCAGGAUUCUGAUUGGGAAACUUUGCCAGUUCCUUCCAAUUGGCAAAUGCAUGGAUUUGAUCGGCCUAUUUAUACAAAUGUUGUUUAUCCAAUUCCGCUUGAUCCUCCUCAUGUUCCUAUGGAUAACCCUACAGGCUGUUACAGGACAUACUUUCACAUUCCUAAACAAUGGCAGGGUCGCAGGAUUUUGUUGCACUUUGAAGCAGUUGAUUCUGCCUUCUGUGCGUGGAUAAAUGGGGUCCCUGUUGGAUACAGUCAGGAUAGUAGAUUGCCUGCUGAGUUUGAAAUAACAGAAUAUUGUUAUUCAUCUGAUUCGGACAAGAAGAAUGUUCUAGCUGUUCAAGUAUUUAGAUGGAGUGAUGGAUCUUACCUUGAAGACCAAGAUCAUUGGUGGUUAUCUGGUAUUCACCGUGAUGUGCUUCUCCUUUCUAAGCCACAGGUCUUCAUUGCGGAUUACUUUUUCAAAUCAAACUUGGCGUACAAUUUUUCUUAUGCUGAUAUACAGGUUGAAGUGAAAAUAGAUUGCUCAAGAGAAAUGAGUAAAGACAAAGUGCUUACGGACUUUACCAUAGAAGCUGCAUUAUUCGAUGCUGGGGUCUGGUACAACCAUGAUGAAAAUGUUGAUCUGCUUUCUUCGAAUGUGGCUAAUAUAGUGCUCAAACCUGUCCCGACUGGAACUCUAGGAUUUCGUGGUUAUGUCCUUGUGGGGAAACUGGAAAAGCCCAAGCUGUGGUCUGCUGAACAACCAAAUUUGUAUACACUGGUUAUCAUACUUAAGGAUGCAUCUGGCAACGUAGUUGACUGUGAAUCAUGCCUAGUUGGUGUAAGACAAGUAUCUAAAGCCCCAAAACAGUUGCUUGUUAAUGGGCAUCCUGUUGUAAUAAGAGGUGUGAACAGGCAUGAGCAUCAUCCACGUCUGGGGAAGACAAACAUAGAGUCUUGCAUGGUUAAAGAUUUGGUUGUAAUGAAGCAAAACAAUAUCAACGCUGUGAGAAACAGCCACUAUCCUCAACAUCCCCGUUGGUAUGAGUUGUGUGACCUGUUCGGUAUCUAUAUGAUAGAUGAAGCCAAUAUUGAGACGCAUGGUUUUGAUCUUUCGGGACAUGUGAAGCAUCCUACUCAGGAACCUGGUUGGGCUGCUGCAAUGAUGGACCGUGUUAUAGGCAUGGUGGAAAGGGACAAAAAUCAUGCAUGCAUAUUUUCUUGGUCCUUAGGAAAUGAGUCUGGAUAUGGACCUAAUCAUUCUGCUUCAGCUGGAUGGGUUCGUGGAAGGGAUCCUUCAAGACUAGUCCAUUAUGAAGGUGGUGGAUCCAGGACCUCAUCUACCGAUAUUAUAUGCCCUAUGUAUAUGCGUGUCUGGGACAUAGUGAAGAUUGCAAAAGAUCCAAAUGAAACACGUCCUUUGAUAUUGUGCGAGUAUUCACAUGCAAUGGGAAACAGCAAUGGAAAUAUACAUGAAUAUUGGGAAGCAAUUGAUAACAUAUUUGGUCUCCAAGGUGGCUUUAUAUGGGAUUGGGUUGACCAGGGCCUACUGAAGGACAAUGAAGAUGGUAGUAAAUAUUGGGCAUAUGGUGGUGACUUUGGGGAUUCUCCCAAUGAUUUAAAUUUUUGCUUGAAUGGCCUUACAUGGCCGGAUCGAACUCCUCAUCCUGCCUUACAUGGUACCCUACUGGAGUUUCAUAUUUAGGUUAAGUAUGUCUAUCAACCAAUCAAGGUUUCUAUAGGGGAAAGCAUGAUUAAGAUAAAGAACACUAAUUUUUAUGAGACAACUGAAGGAGUGGAGUUCAAAUGGGCUGCUCAUGGUGACAGGUGUGAACUUGGAUGUG